CUUGACCUUCGCGAGUGUAAUAUAAAGGCUCUGCACAGACCUAUUCUGCUCAGCAAAUUCUGUUUUCAGCUAAAACAAGGUGACAGUGGAUCCCUCAUUAGUCAUGGAGGAAGAGCCCAACUCAGUGGAAUUAAAGCAGAAAGCCGGCCAUGAAAAUAAUGGUUUCAUUUCCGACCACGAUGGAAGAGAUGAAGACAAGCCUGAGAAAGCGGAAAGUAGAAGGAACAGCAAAGAAGGUGAUGCUCAUAUCUACUCUGUAAGAAUCAAUGAAGUCCCUGAAGACUCACCACCACUGAAACCUUAUGCUGGCAUGCCAAAAGAUGUCCUCCUCCAGUUCUCCAACCGACCGUGCUACAGAAUCGCAAGAGAAAUCAUCUUCUGGCUCAUCAUUGUAGCGACUCUAGCCAUCAUCGCUGCCACCAUUGCAAUCAUAGCCAUUUCUCCAAAGUGCCUCGACUGGUGGCAACGAAGUCCUAUGUAUCAGGUGUACCCAAAGUCAUUCAAAGACAGCAACAAUGAUGGAUCUGGGGACCUUAAAGGAGUACAAGAAAAAAUCGAUCAUUUCCUUUAUCUUAACAUAAAAAACGUCUGGGUUGCUCCUUUCUACAAAUCAUCCUUGAAGGAUUUCAAUUACGCCGUUGAUGACUUCAUGGAAGUUGACCCGACUUUCGGGACCAUGGCAGACUUCGAGAGUAUGAUCUCAGCAAUGCACGAUAAGGGCUUAAAACUAAUCAUUGACCUAAUCCCUAAUCACACGAGCAAUAAGCACAAGUGGUUUCAACUGAGUAGGAAUCGUACUGGUAAAUACGCGGAUUACUACAUUUGGCACGACUGUAUGCAGACUGGUGGUCUAGUCGUACCUCCAAAUAACUGGGUCAGUUUUUAUGGAAAUUCAGCAUGGGAAUAUGAUGAUACCAGAAAACAAUGUUACUUGCAUCAGUUCAAGAAGGAGCAGCCAGAUCUGGAUUUCAACAAUCCAGAUGUAAAUGAAGAAAUCCUAAACAUAAUAAAAUUCUGGCUGGAGAAAGGAGUCGAUGGAUUCACAAUAAAUUCCGCCAAAUUUCUUUUAGAAGCGGAACAUCUUAGAGAUGAACCUCAGGUCAACAAAUUACAAAACCCAGACACAAUUUCAAACUAUUCAGAACUUUUCCAUGACUAUACAACCACGCAGGUGGGGAUGCACGACAUCAUUCGUAAUUUCCGCCAAACCAUUAAUAAGUAUAGCAGAGAACCGGGACGAUAUAGGUUUAUGGGCACAGAAUCCAACGAUCAGGCGGCCGUUGACAAGACAAUGUUGUAUUAUGGAAACUCGUUCAUCCAGGAAGCUGAUUUUCCCCUGAACGCCUACCUCUUUGAACUGAACAAAGCAAAUAUUGAUGGCGCUUCUAUAUUUUCCAUGGUGGACCUGUGGAUGAAAGCCAUGCCGUCGGGAAAGUGGCCCAACUGGAUGGUGGGAGGCCCCAGCAGUUCUCGCAUUGCUUCUCGUGUUGGGAGACAAUAUGUCAACGUGAUGAACAUGCUCCUCCUGACACUUCCUGGUACACCUACAACUUACUAUGGAGAGGAACUGGGAAUGGAGGACGGCUCUCCUCAAGUCAGCACAGAAAAUCCUCAAGAAUACAACCCAACGGAAUACCCAGAAAAGACUCCAAUGCAAUGGGAUUCCAGCUCCAACGCUGGCUUUAGUGAAGCGAACAGAACGUGGCUGUCAGUCAAUCCAGACUACGAGGCAGUUAAUGUUGAAGCACAAAAGAAUGAACAAUAUUCAACUCUAAACUUAUACCGGGAAUUAAACCAUCUCCGAAACAACGAAUUGCCCCUUCACAGGGGAUGGUUGUGCUACACGUGGAGCGACAAUAAUGUUUUCGCAUACGUGAGAGAACUUGAUGGCCUGAACAAAGUCUUUAUGAUGGUCCUCAACUUUGGACAGGCGUGGACCAUAAACUUGAGGCAGGCAGUGCCGGAUCUUCCCGGGGAAGCAAAAAUCCGAUUAAGCACAGAGGGUUCCAGGGUGGGGAAAGCAGUGAGCACAGACAGCAUUCAGACGCAGCCGGGGGAAGGACUCAUAUUGGAAUACAAGACAAACAAACCAGUGCAUGUGAGAGACACCUUCAAGGAUAAGUGUUUCAUUUCUGAGAAGGCUUGUUACACCAGCGCCUUUGAUUUGCUUUAUAACAGCUGCUGAAUUCUUUAGUGCCAUAUGCAGAUUUAAUAGAAACAGGAAAAAAAUGUCAUUUUUAUGAUGGAAUAAAACAAUCCAUAUUUUCUCUCUUA